UUUUCUGUUUUCAAUUCAACUUCUUGUUGCCAGGAGAGAUUAUGUUCAAUAUUGUUGAGUUCCACUAGGAAGAAAGCCACUCAUUUUAAGUACUUGCAGUUUUUGAUUCUUUGGUCUUGAAUUUAUAUCAAGAUUUUAUAACCCAAUUGUCACUUCCAUUACUAUUGUUAAGUCCUGUAUCGAAUUUUCGAUCUAGUUCGAAACAGAGUUGUUUUCUGUUUAGUAGUUUUGCUUUGCAGGCAGCACAUUAGGUGAUUCUUUUGGGAAUUUAUAAAAUUUCUGCUUGCUAACUGAUGUUGUAUGUUGAACUCUCAAAGUGAUAAAAUUUGAAAGCUCUGAUUUUGAAGUAGUGAGUGAGCCAUUGGAAUAUGAGUACACCACAAAGUGAACACCAAUUAGUUGAUGAGAGGACCCUUUUGUUGCCCACAAGCCAAAAUGAAGAAGCUGAAGCUGGGUUUGGCAAACCCAGCAGAAGAGCUUCUUUUCAUGGGUCUGUGUUCAAUUUGUCCUGCACUGUUAUUGGUUCUGGAAUUAUGAGCCUGCCUGCUACCUUGAACAUAUUGGGGCUUAUCCCAGGGGUUGCUUUGAUCAUCAUAGCUGCAUUCUUAACAGAAGCAUCAAUUGAUUUUUUGCUGAGAUUCAGCAAGCCUGGUUCAGCAUUUUCUUAUGGUGAUGUCAUGGGCGAAGCCUUUGGAAAAGUUGGGAAGGUUUUGCUUCAGAGCUGUGUUAUAAUCAACAAUAUUGGUUCUCUUACUGUGUAUAUGAUCAUAAUAGAGGAUGUGCUUUCUGGCUCAACUUCAAAUGGAGUUCACCAUGCUGGUAUUUUGGAAGAAAGCUUAGGGGUACAUUGGUGGACUGGACGUGCUUUCGUUCUUAUUGUCCUUACUGUUGUCGUAAUUGUUCCAUUGAUAUGUUUUAAGCGUAUUGAUUCACUGAGGUUCACAUCAGCUUUAUCAAUUACGCUAGCAGUUGUUUUUCUUGUUGCUGUCAUCGUAAUCACUGUGUACAAAUUAAUACUGGGAAGCAUAGAGGCACCUGCAUUGUUUCCUAGUGUUACUGGUCUGACUUCCUUUCUAAAUCUCUUCACUGCAUUUCCUGUUGUGGUUUUUGCUUAUGUCUGCCACUACAAUGUUCAUAGCAUACAAAAUGAGCUUGAAGAUUCUCGAAGGAUGCCAGCCAUUGUGCAGACUACAGUUGCUCUCUGUGCCUUUGUGUAUGUGAUGACCGGCGUGUUCGGGUUCCUCCUGUUUGGUGAAUCAACUCUUUCUGACCUGCUCUCCAACUUUGACACAGACCUUGGCAUUCCAUACAGCUCUGUCUUCAACGAUAUAGUUCGUAUAAGUUACGCAGGCCACAUCUUACUUGUAUAUCCCAUUAUUCUUUUUCCCCUGCGCCUUAACUUGGACGGCCUUCUCUUCCCCUCAGCCAGACCGUUGGCUUCGGACAACGUGAGGUUUUCAUUGUUCAGCUCAGGGAUCAUUAUCAUCACCCUCUUGGGUGCAAUAUUCAUACCAAGCAUAUGGGUGGCUUUUGAGUUCACUGGAGCAACUGUUGGAGCUUUGCUUGCAUUCAUCUUUCCUGCUUGCAUUGUUCUCAAGGACCCUCAUGGCAUAGCAUGGAAGAAGGACAAGAUUUUGUCUGUCUUCAUGAUCAUUGUUGCUGUAGUGUCAAGUGUGGUAGCCAUCUACAGUGAUGCAUAUUCAUUAUUGACAUAGCAAGGGCAAUAAAUAUACCCUCCAAUUUUUCAUUUUUAAUAAUGUUGCUUGAGGGCUCUAACUAAUCAAUUGAAACAUGUCAGAUAUAUUGUCUGAAUGAAUGAAUUGUAGUUGUAAAGGCAGACACAAGGAAAGAGAAGGAAAUUAUGCUUCUGCAACCUCUGAUUAUAAGCUCAAGACUCUUAAAUUUUUUCCAUUCAUGUAAAA